GAAAAUGGAGGAAUCCCUUCCUGCUCUCUGAGAUACAAGAAAAUGGAGGAAUCCCUUCCUGCUCUCUGAUAUACAAGAACAUGGAGGACACCCCCUCCUGUCACAUGACUUUGCAGUCAGAGACAGACAAGAAGCUGAAGAAGAAACUUCCGGAGAGAUCGGGUGGAUUAAUGAACCAUGUUCUUGGUCAUGUUGGUCUUCAUAAAUACUACAAAGUCACAUGCAAGCCAUAUGGGAAGUCUUAAGUGACUGAAAUACUUUUUUUUUUUUUUGCAGUUCAUUGGCAGAUUCACGCAGAAAAAAAACAUUGAUCCAGCCUCAGGGCAACAGGAGAAAAGUAAUUUCAAUGUUCUAGAGGUGACAAUGGCUUUAUAGUCCAAACCAUUCCUACGCAAGAGAAGCCAUUUUUGGAUUGUGAUAAAGGAUUUUACAGUGAAGGGAAAGAUCAUCACACAUCAGGUUCACAAUGGAGGAGAAGCCAUUUCCGUGUUCUGAAUGUGACAAAGCUUUUGCAACCAAGUCAAAUCUUGUCAACCACCAGAGGGUUCACACUGGAGAGAAGCCAUAUGAGUGUCCCGAAUGUGACAGAGCUUUUUCACAGAAGAGUAGUCUUAACUUGCACAUGAGCGUUCACACCGGAGCGAAGCUGCAUCAUUGUUCAGAUUGUGGCAAAGAUUUUAGAGUGAAGGCAAAUUUUAUCACACACCAGAGGAUUCACACUGGAGAGAAACCAUUUCAGUGUUCUGAAUGUGAUAAAGCUUUUAAAUCAAGGUCACAGCUGAGCAGUCACCAGGUGAUUCACACCGGAGAUAAGCCGUAUCCGUGUUCUCAAUGUGACAAAUCUUUUGUAUCCAAGAUAAGGCUUAACACACACCAGUGGAUUCACACUGGAGAGAAGCCAUAUCCAUGUUCUGAAUGUGGCAAAGCUUUUACAACUGAGAGCAAGCUUACCACACACCAGAGGAUUCACACCGGAGAGAAGCUUUAUCAGUGUUCGCAAUGUGAAAAAGCUUUUACAAGGAAGGACCACUUUAUCCUACACGAGAGGGUCCACACUAAAGAGAAGCCGUUUCAGUGUUUUGUGUGUAAAAAAUAUUUUUCGGAUAAGUCACACCUUAUCACACACCAGAGGAUUCACACUGGAGAAAGGCCAUAUCCAUGUUCAGAAUGUGACAAAGCUUUUACAACGAAGCAAGACCUUAUCAGACACCAGAGAAUUCACACUGGAGAGAGACCAUAUCAGUGUUCAGAAUGUGACAAAGCUUUUACUGCAAGUGAACACCUUAUCAUACAUCAGAGGAUUCACACCGGAGAGAGGCCGUAUCAGUGUUCUGAAUGUGAUAAAGCUUUUAGACAGAAGUCAGAUCUUAGCUCACACCAGUGGAUUCACAUUAAAAAGAGACCCAAUCGGUGUUCAGAAUUUAUCAAAGAUCUUACAACCCAGCGAGAACUCCUCCUACACUCAAAUGUCCACACCGGAGACAAUUUGACAAUUAUUUUGGAGAAUCCUCAAUGACUGAACUAUGUUUGUUUCCUUAGGAUUUUCAUCAUUCUCCAUUUUUAUGGAGCUUUGACUGAACAUGUAAUGCAUGCUCGUCCUUCACUAACUGCGCUGCGUUCCCAAGUGUUUUCUUCAUUGCCCGUUUCCGAGCUGGUACCUUAAAGCCUCGUACACACGAUCAGUCCAUCCGAUGAGAAAGGUCUG